UGACAUUAUAGCAUGACAUUAUAGCAUAACUCAAAAAACAAGAAAGCUGAGGUAUUACUAACAAAUAUGGUGAAGGAAACAGAAUGUCAUUCUUCAUUAAAAGGAGGAAGAAUUAACAGUAGCUAUACACAUGGCUUCUCUUCUUCUCAAAUUCAAACUAUUUCUUCCUUUUGUGAAACUCUUGUGCCACCUUGUAAUAACAAUGAUAAUUCAUUCUUUGCUUCUUCUGGGGCUCACCCUCCAUCCCCUAAUGAGGUUGCAGAGCUACUGGUGAAGAGGAGCAAGCCUGAGGCAUUGUUGAUAAUAAGGAUAGUUGUGUUUUUGUUAACAACAAGAUUAGGGAGUCUUCUGCUUUGUGGUAGAGUCUGUUUGGAUAAAAGAUGGCCUUUUGUUCACAACUUUUCUGAAUUAGCCUUAAAGGAUAGAGAAGCUCUUCUACAAAGAUGGUCCAGAGAAACUUUUCUCAUUCCACUAAGGAUUACCUUCUUGAUGAUCAAAAUUAUCUGUUUCUUCAUCUUCUUCUCUUGGACUGAUGAAAAUUGCAAGAAUCCUACAUGGGAAGCCAUUGGAUAUCAUCUUCCAGAGACAACAGAGGCUCUAUAUGAAAACAAGAAAGAAAGACCACUUGAAAGGGGGAUUGUGGAAACCGUAAAUGAGAGUGAUGAAACUCUGAAAGAAUCUUUAUCUAAGAAAGAUGUAGUUAUAACUGAGGAUACAAAAGACAACAUCUUUAAGAUUAAAUGUGAUGUUUUGAUUGUUGGUUCUGGAUGUGGUGGAGGUGUUGCAGCUGGAAUCCUUGCGAAAUCAGGUUACAAAGUCGUCGUGCUAGAAAAAGGACAUUACUUUGUGCCUGAAGAUUAUUCUGGUCUUGAAGGACCUUCUUUGAGUGAGUUAUAUGAGACAGGUGCAAUGCUUAGUAGUCUUGAUGGAAAGGUAAUGAUUAUGGCUGGAACAACAGUUGGCGGUGGAUCAGCCGUAAACUGGUCCGCUUCUAUUAAAACACCAAAUGAUGUUCUUAAAGACUGGUCUGUGAAUCACAAGAUUUCAUGGUUUGGAACUUCUGAAUAUCAGUCUGCUAUGGAUGCAGUAUGCAAACGGAUUGGUGUAACGGAGAAUUGUUCUGAGGAAGGACUUCAGAAUCAAGUAAUACGAAAAGGGUGUGAAAAUCUCGGUUUGAAAGUUGAGAAAAUACCAAGAAAUUCUUCAGAGAAUCAUUAUUGUGGUUCUUGUGGUUAUGGUUGUAAAACAGGAGACAAGAAAGGGACUGAUUCCACUUGGCUUGUCGAUGCUGUUAAUGCAGGCGCAGUUAUUUUGACUGGAUGUACUGCAGAAAGGUUCAUACUGGAAGAUGGUAAAAUGAGAAAAACAUGUCUUGGAGUAAUUGCUACAACUGAAAGCAAGAAGAUCACUAGGAAGCUACAUAUCAAAGCUCGUGCCACGAUUUCUUCCUGUGGAGCUCUCUUCACACCUCCUUUGCUGCUUUCCAGUGGAUUGCAGAACAAGAACAUUGGUACAAACCUCCAUCUCCACCCCGUUCUUUUGGCGUGGGGAUACUUCCCCGAAUCCAUGUCUGAAAUCAAAGGCAAAAAUUACGAGGGAGGAAUAAUGACAUCCCUUCAUAAGAUGGUACCUGAAGAAACCAAUGCACAGGCCAUAAUAGAAGCUACAGCUGUGGGUCCUGCUUCUUUCGCCAGUUUGUUUCCAUGGACUUCUGGUCAGGAUAUGAAGGAACAGAUGACAAAGUACUCGCGAACAGUAACUCUGUUAGCAUUGGUAAAAGAUCAAGGUCGAGGAGAAGUAAAGAAAGCAGGGAGGAUAAAAUACAGCUUGGAUAGAAUAGACAAAGAGAAUAUCAAAGCUGGAUUAAGAAGGGCACUGAGGAUACUGAUUGCAGCAGGAGCAGUUGAAGUGGGAACAUAUCGAAGCGAUGGACAGAAAAUCAAAUGUAAAGACAUAAAGAAUGAAGAGUUCGAAGAGUUUGUUGAUACAGUUGAAGCUCCUGAAGGGCCAAUUUCUAAAGAAGAAAACUGGACAGUUUAUGCCUCUGCACAUCAAAUGGGAAGCUGUCGAAUGGGAUCGAGCAAGGAGGAUGGCGCAGUAGAUGAAAACGGAGAAUGUUGGGAGGCGAAAGGCUUAUAUGUAUGUGAUGGAAGUGUGCUUCCUACUGCAGUUGGUGUCAAUCCCAUGAUCACUAUACAGUCUACUGCUUAUUGCAUUGCAAAGAGAAUAGCAGAGUCAUUACAUAAUGAAAAGCUAGUUUAAGACAUGUAAUGUAAUGAAAUAAAUGUGCAUUUCUCACUUAGUUUUGUAAUCUCAGCUCGAAAAUAAAAGAUGUCAUUUCCAUUUCAAUCAAUAACAGCAGUAUUUUCGUUCAA